AUGAAAAUCAGUGACCUUAAAAUCCUGAUUUAUGAUAUUGAAAAAAUAAUCCCAAGUCUUCAACAAUUACGUUAUGCCGGAAAGCAUUUCGAAGAUGAUAAUACAUUAAGGUAUUAUGGAAUUAAUAGGGAUACUACAAUUCAUCUUGUUUUAAGAUGUCGUGGUGGAAAACCGGUGGUCUAUUUGUAUCCUAAAGAAGAAAUAGAUGCAAAAGUGAGUAUCAAAAUCAAUGAUGGUGAAUUUUCAUUCGUUUAUCCUUCAUUCGACGAAGAUAACACGUGGAAUGUGAAAGCACUUCCAUCAGGCGAGAUCAUCCACAGAGGAAAGAAACUGAGGUAUCUCUUCUGGGAAACACUCUUCUACCCUAAUCUCAAAAUGGACAAAGGAUUCAUUAUCCAAGGGGAAGGGUGUGUUUCUUUCUUUGAGGAUAAGCUCAAGUCUAUGAACCUCAACGACACAGAGAUAUGCGAUUUCAUCACAUACUGGUGUCCGAAACUUUGCGCAUACAAAUACAUCAAAGUUUGCUUCCAGUUUGAAAGCUUCGACGAGAUAUGCCCGAUGAACGUUGAACCGAAACCAGACAACAUCAACAGAGUCUUCUUCGCAGCUCUCCCUCUAGAUACUCCAUGUGACAUUGAACCACAAGAACUUCCAAUAUUCAAACGCGAUGGCUUCACAGUCAUCGAAUGGGGUGGAACUAUUAUUCCAACAGAAUAA